AUGUUUACCCAGGCCGUUCGAGUAAGAUUCAAUAAGCGGGCUAAUCUCCUCAUCAAAACAAACCAUUACUCCCAUUCAAUCUCCAAGGUGUCAAAGCCACUACGGAUUUUAUUCUGUGGCUCUGAUGAUUUUAGCGUCUCUUCGUUAAAGGCAGUUCAAAGGGAAAGAGAAAGGAAUCCAAAUUUAAUAAAAUCAAUAGAAGUACUCUGCCGUCCCGGAAAGCCAGUAGGGAGGGGACUAAAUAAGAUAUUCCAAGCUCCCAUCAGAGCUGCUGCCGAGCAACUUGGACUUCCCUUGCACGAACGGGAUUCCUUCAGAGGGUGGCAGCUUCCACGAUCGGAUGAUGAGACAAUAAACCUCAUCAUUGCCGUCUCAUUCGGCCUCUUCAUACCAGCCCGAAUUCUACAAUCAGCUGAAUAUGGCGGCCUAAAUAUCCAUCCCUCCAUCUUGCCAAAUUUUAGAGGGCCAGCACCGAUACAGCACACCUUGCUAGCUGGCCAUCGAUUUACAGGUGUCACCCUCCAAACACUCGACAUGAAAAGUUUUGAUCGUGGCAUUAUCCUUGAUCAAACCCAGCCAUGGCUAGAGGUACCGGACUUGUGUACAUACGAUGGACUCCUUAAGCUACUGACCCCCUUAGCUGCUGACAUGCUCGUACGAGGCCUACGACGGCGGAUCUUCCUCCCACCUCUCGACGACAUGGGAUGGGUUCCGCCUGUCGACCAACAGCUGAUUCAUGCCAGAAAAAUAACUUCAGCAGAUAAAAUGCUUCCUUGGAAUACGCACAAUACAAAAUCCAUCAUACAGAGCUAUUGUGCCCUAGGUCGUCUCUGGAGUAACGUAUGCCUAACUCCAAAGAUGCAAAAAAGACUUACUUUUGAUGAAUUAAGUCUUAACGCACAAGAAAGUCACCGCUUCCAUCGCAUUGAGGAUGCCGAAAGUGUCAUGCAUAACCGUGCUACCGUCGACGGAAUGCCUUUGAAGUAUUUUGUCGUGCCCGGCCCAGGGCAAGGCAGGCAGGCAGUGUUGUACUACGAUGAUUUGUCUCACAAAGGCUGCAUAAAUAUGCUGUUCAAAGGGCCUGAUAUCUCAUGGUCGAUAAUCAGGGUUGGUAAGAUUACUAUUGAAGGGAUGCAGCCCAUGGCUGCUUCCAGAUCCUUACAAAUUUUGCAAAAUGGUCAGAAGUGGCUCCUCGAUAUAACUAAAACCUCCCGGCCUAAAAUUGGGACCCAUUUCCCUGCAUUUACUUCACCAUGA